AUGCAGUCCGGCAUCUCAGCUUCACAGGAGCUGGUCUCCCAGUUUAGCGAAUUUCUCGCCUCCGAAUCCCACUUCGGCCUGCUCGUCACCAUCGCGUCCGAGAAGCUCCAGCCGCUUCAGCUCCUGACCUCGUCCCCUGGCGCCGCCUUCGCCGACAAUGUCAAUUCUCUCCUCAAGCCCCACGUAAAACUCAAUGAAGCUCUCUACGUGAUCCUUCGUCGCUAUCCCUCCAGCCCGGCUCUGGUGGGGGUUACCUAUGUUCCAGACACCGCUCCCGUUCGCCAAAAGAUGUUGUUCGCCUCGACGGAGCGCACUCUGGUUCGGGAGCUGGGUACGGAGCAUUUUCGGGAAACCUUUUUCGCGACCUCACCCGACGAGCUCACCCCGGCUGGCUUCGAUAAACAUGACGCCCACUCGGCCGUCGAGGCUCCUCUGACGGAAGAGGAGAGGAGUCUGGGCGCUGUCCGGAAGGCAGAGCAGGAAGCCGGUCAAGGCACGGGCACUCGCGAGAUUCAUCUCAGUCAAAAUCUGGCUACGCCUAUCGCCGAAAACGCGCUGGAUGCGCUGAGGGAACUGGGAAGCGGGAACGGGCCAUCAUUGGUUAUGCUGAAAAUUAACCCCCAGACCGAGUCCGUCGAACUUGUCCCCGAAAACUCGAACCCCUCUUCGAUUUCGGAAUUGCUGCAAGUAAUCUCGUCUACUGAACCCAGGUUCACCUUUUACAGGUUUAUUCAUACCCACAACGGAGAAGAGAGCAGUCCUCUGCUGUUCUUCUACACAUGCCCGGCCUCUCCAGGCACGAAAGCCAUCAAAUUCCGAAUGAUGUAUCCGCUGAUGAAGCGGGCUGUGUUGGCUGCUGCUGAGAAAGAGGCUGAUUUGAAGCCCGUGAAGAGGUUCGAAGUCGAGGAAGUUGACGAACUUAGCGAGGCCACCGUGUUGGAAGAGCUGCACCCGAAGGUCGAGGUAAAGAAAGCCUUCGGCCGGCCCAAGAGGCCAGGUCGCUGA